UUUCUAACCGUUCUGUGCCAACCAGGUGAAGCCCCUGCUGCAGGUGACCCGGCAAGAUGAGGAGAUCCAGGUUAGAGAAGCCCAGCUCCAGAAGGCCAAGGACAAUCUCACCCGAGUGGAGCUGGACUACACAGAGCUGGACAGGAAACACGCUCAGCUGUUGGAGGAGAAGUCAGUGCUGGCUGACCAGCUGCAGGCAGAGGCGGAGCUGUUUGCAGAGGCAGAGGAGAUGAGGGCCAGGUUGGCCAGUCGGAAACAGGAGCUGGAGGAAGUGCUGGGCGAGCUGGAGACUCGACUGGAGGAAGAGGAGGAGAGAGGUGCGCAACUGACCAAUGAGAAGAAGAGGAUGCAGCAGAACAUACAGGACCUGGAGGAGCAGUUAGAGGAAGAGGAAAGUGCCCGACAGCGCCUCCUGCUGGAGAAGGUUACUUUAGAGACCAAAGUGAAGAGUCUGGAAACCGACCUGCUAAACGCAGUGGAGCAGAGAGACCGACUCAGCAAGGAGAAGAAACAGUUUGAGGAGCGUCUGAGUGAGGUGACUGAUCAGCUCACUGAGGAGGAGGAGAAAACCAAAAGUCUGAACAAACUCAAGAACAAACAGGAAGCUGUCAUCGCUGACCUGGAGGAGCGUCUGAAACGUGAGGAGCAGGGUCGCUUGGAGCAGGAGAAGUGGAGGAGGAGGAUGGAGAACGAGUCAGUGGAGGCCCAGGAGCAGCUGUCAGAUCUGGGCAUUUUGACCGGCGAGCUGCGGGGCAGUCUGGCUCAGAAGGAAAAGGAAAUCACCACCCUGCAGGGCCGGUUGGAGGAAGAAGGAGCGCGCCGCUCAGAAGCUCAGAGGGCGCUGAGGGAGGCCAUGUCCCAGGUGUCUGAGUUGAAAGAGGAAGUGGAGAAUGAACGAGGAAUGAGGGAAAGGGCAGAGAAACAGAGGAGAGACCUGAGUGAGGAGCUGGAGGCUUUGAGAACAGAGCUGGAGGACACUCUGGACACCACAGCGGCCCAGCAGGAGCUGAGGUCUCGUCGGGAGGCAGAGUUAAAUGACCUCCAGCGGUGUGUCGAAGAGGAGACUCGCCGUCACGAGGUCCAGCUGUCAGAGCUCAGAGUCAAACACAGCGCUGCUAUAGACAACCUCCAGGAACAGCUGGACAAUAGCAAGAGAGCCCGUCAGUCCCUGGAGAAAGCCAAGGCAGUGCUGGAGGAAGAGAGACAAAAUUUGACUUCUGAGCUCAAGAGCCUCCAAGCGGGACGCACAGAGAGCGAGAGAGGACGCAAGAGGGCCGAGGGUCAGCUGCAAGAGCUCAGCGCCCGACUGGCUCAGGCUGAUAGAGAGAGGGAGGAGAGGGAAGAGCGAGUGCACAAGCUGCAGUGUGAGAUUGAGAGUAUCUCCAACAAUUUGUCCUCCUCUGACACCAAAUCCCUUCGGCUCUCGAAAGAGGUCAGCAGCCUGGAGAGUCAGCUGAAUGAUGCCAAGGAAUUGCUGCAGGAUGAAACUCGUCAAAAGAUGGCUCUGGGCUCAAGGGUGCGAGCACUGGAGGAGGAGAAGAACGGACUGAUGGAAAGACUUGAGGAGGAGGAGGAGAGAGCCAAAGAGUUGACUCGGCAGAUUCAGACUCAUACCCAGCAG